CCGGUCAAAGAGGCGGCGCGGGCUCGCGGGAGGCUGGGAACAUGGCGGGGAGGCCCGCGGCCACCGGCACCCCGCCGCCGGACCGGGACCGAGCGGCGCCCAAUGUGGUGGCGUGGAUCUCGCAAUGGGCAGACGACCACCUGCGUCUCGUCCGGGUACCGCAGACCCGCCGGCCGGGCAGGUGAACAUCAGCACCGUAAUGGCCAUAGCUGGAGUAAUGUUACUUCUAAGAAGUGUUCGACUGAUGAUGCGUUCUGUGUCACAGAAAUGCUGCACUGAACUUUUGGCUGUUGAGGGAUUAUUGGAUUCCUCCCAUCAUGAGACAUCAAAAUUCACAAGUCCUUCAGAUAUUCCAGUAGAAUUUAUAAGAAGGAAUGUUAAACUACGAGGACGACUACGCCGAAUAACCGAGAAUGGUUUAGAGAUUGAACAUAUUCCCAUUACUUUACCUAUUAUAUCUUCAUGGAGAAAAGAGCCGUGUGGUGCUUUGCUGGUUAAGUUGGCUGGAGUAGAACUCACUGAAACUGGGAAGGUGUGGUUACAAAAAGAGCUAAAACCUUCCCAAGUAGUAUGGUUCCAACUUCUUGGAAAGGAGAAUUCAGCACUCUUUUGCUACCUUUUAGUGAAUAAGGGGGGACUCCGGGUAACGAAGUAGAAGAACCGGUAUUCAAGCCCAGCUCUUCCUGGCUUCUGAGCCCACACUUUACCUUAUCUGUCUUUACCUUAUACUCUUUCCUAGAAGGUGACCAAAUUAUGUUUUAUGCAAUUUCGGUAAUUUACUUCUGUUGAAUUUUACUGUAGUGUGAGGUUGAAUUUUAAUUAUUUUUAUUUUGGUUCAGCUCAUUAAAUUUAAAACAUUGAGACAAAUAUGAUAAUCCCUUUAAAACUGUAUUUCUUAGCCGCUUAUCAUCAUGUACCAAAAGUUACUGCAUUUAAAGGAACAAAAGGUUACUUUAUUCCUUUAUAUAGUCUUAGAAAAUGUUUCCUACUUUAAAUUUUUAGUUUUCACAUUAAAAAAAUUUAACUGUGAAUUACUUGUCUAAUGAAGCUAUAAAAUUACUAAUACUUUGUUAAAAUUAACCUUGUUAAGUUAAAAUCCCACAAGGACUAUGGAAAUAGCUAAGCAGGAUCUCCUUUACACUGUAAAUUAGUGAGAAAAAAAAAAAUCCCAUUUAUCUGGUUUCAUUAGGCAGUGAGGUAUGAAUGAAAUUUCCUGAAGGGUGAAGAUUCAAGGGCCAGGACUAUUUUUAUGUUCAUUAUUUUAUGGGACAUCUUUUAAAAAUGUAUUUACAUGCCAGUGCCUUCCUCAAACACUGGACUUCUGAACCUAAAUUAACAGUUCAGUGAUGAUUCAUUUCAUUUUGCAUUUGUCUACUUUUUAGUUUCGUUACUUUUCUUUGGUUUCUCUUUUGCUAUGGCCUCCUGUCAUUUUACCUAUCUGGUGUGUGCUCCAUUUCCCCUCCAAACGACAACAAUAAAACCAAAAAACCCUU